AACGAAACAGAGGAAGAAGUUGUCACAGAAGGAAACAUGGCGGCCCGCACACGCCUGUCCUUGCUGUUCCCUAAAAGCUUGCCUCCGUUUAGAAACAAAAAGCACGUUCACACCGAGGCUGCGGUCAGGGAGCCAGCGUAUCCCCCGGUAGUCCCGUCCCUCACGGCUAAAAGCAAAUCAGCCCGGCUGCGACAGAACGAAGAACACAUCAAGAAGAUAUGCGCCUCGCCCGUGAAGGAUAAGCUGUCCCUCAUCACUCGUAUCCAGCGGAUGAAAUUUGUGAUUUAUCCUCAGACUUUUGCACGGAACGCAGACAGAUGGUAUCAACACUUUACCAAGAGCGCAUAUAUCCCGGGGCUGCCCGAGAGGCUGUCCCCGGUGGAGGGGACCUCUCAGUCCGCGGUGCCUGGGAUCGAAGUUGAUGCGUUCGAGGACAUCCGCUCCCUGGUCACUCGUGUGAUUUUACAGGAGCACUGGCACAUAAAGAAACGCAAAACGUUCCUGUACAGGGAACAAGAGCAGGUGGUCGGACCUUUCCUGAGAAGCCUGGUGUCUGGACUCACCUACAGCCUGGCCAAAUACAACCCAGUGCUGCCGCUCUCUAGUCUGGAUCUCAGUCCACAGGUGAACUUUUAUUGGAGAAGAGGACAAAGAAUCAUCCCAAAGGGCCACCGCAAAGGGCGCCUGGAGCCGACCCGGUUCCAGAUCGAUGACCAUCCCCACAGUCAGAUUAGAAUAACUCAGCAGCUCCCACAGUUUGUCCCAAUGGAGACAUCGUAUUCAGCAGAAGUCCCAGUGAUCACAUACGCUCCCAACCUGUUGCCACUGUUCAGGAGACAGUACACCAACAAUAUCUUCACAGGUGCAAAGCUGCCAGACCCAGCGUGCUACGGUCACACUCAGUUCCAUGUGGUGCCCGACCGAUACCACAGAGAUCGGAUGGCUCGGCGGCAGCAGUCUGACCAGGUGGAGGUCUUCCUCAGAGCCAAUGCACUUGCCAGCCUCUUCGCCUGGACAGGAGCUCAGGCCAUGUACCAGGGUUUCUGGAACUAUGAGGACGUCACCAGGCCCUUCGUGUCCCAGGCUGUGAUCACCGAUGGCCACUUCUUCUCCUUCUUCUGCUACCAGCUCAACACGGUGGCUCUGUCUGUGGAGGCCGAUGCCAGCAACCCCAGGAAAAAUCUGCUGUGGGGCACAGAGAGCCUGCGACUCUAUGAGAGUGUGCAGGAUGGAGAGGUGGUGGGUCUGAACGACGACGUCCUCAAGCUCCUCAUUCAGUUCCUCAUGAACCAGCCGUAGGGACGUCUCCACACAGGUUUGAAGGAUACAAGAAGUAAGAUGAGGAGAUGGACAUGAGUAAAAUUAGUCAGCUUGUCUAAAAUGUUGUGUUCAAAAAAAGCUGAACAAUCUGGGACAAGCUGAACAAAUACUUCACACAGAGCUACUACAAAGUCACAGGGGGCAUUUUUCUUCAGAAUAUCUUUCCCUUCACUGUCAGUAACUGUCAGUAUGAAGAGCAGCAUUUGAUGCAGACAAAGCAGGAUGUUCAGGUUUACAGUAGGAUGACUGUAGGAGCGAGUGAGCAGUGAGUGAACCAGCUCCUCUUGUUUUUUCUUUUGAAAGGCCAUCAAACAGACGUGUGCACUGGUCACCACCAGAGGCAGUCUGUUACAUGAUGGAACAGCCUGCAGAUGUUAUUGUGUGGUAUUGCAAAAGUUAUCAAGAAAAAGAAAAUCCCACCUGUGACUUGACUCCAUAUGUUGCCAUUGUGUUGGUUAUAUUUAUGGAAAAAUAAAAUCCUUCUUUCAAAAUUGAA